AAAUGCUCCCGAAUCCCGAUCUGAAGCUAGCUCCACGGAUGGAAACUGACCGAGAGAGAAAAUCUCUUCAAAUCCUCCUCGAAUUCGGAUUCUUGUUUCCACUUUCCACCGCUCCAUGCCGUCCAGAUCAUGAAGACCAGCUCCGGGCCUCCGGCAAUGGGCGAUGAGGCCACGACACCCAAGAGGCGGCGGCCGGCCGAGGAGGACGAGGACGCGGGGCCCGACCUCAUCAGCCGCCUCCCGGACGACGUCCUCGGCGACGUCGUCACGCUGCUCCCCGCCCCGGACGGCGCCCGCACGCAGGCCCUCUCCCGGCGGUGGCGCCCGCUGUGGCGCGCGGCGCCGCUCAACCUCGAGGCCAGGGUCGCCGCCUCCCCGUACGAGCGGCGCGCGGCCGCCGCCCUCGCCGCCCACCGCGGCCCCGCCCGCCGCCUCGCGCUCACCUGGGACGCCUACUCCGGCGGCUUCCCCGCCAUCGACGGCUGGCUCCGGUCGCCCACCCUCGACGGCCUCCGGGAGCUCGAGCUCCACUACCGCGCCCCGAAGUGGUUCGGCCGCGCCGGCCACAACGACAACCCGAGCCCGCUGCCGCUGCCCGUGCUCCUCCGCUUCUCGCCGACGCUACGACUGCUCUGCGUGUCCUGCGACUGGUGCAGGCUCGACAUCCCCUCCGCCGCCGCCGCCGACGACGACGCGUGCCUAGUGUUCCCGCACCUCGAACAGAUGACGCUCAAGGGCGUCAGCAUCGCCGAGGGCACCCUCCACGGCAUCCUCGCCGGAUGCCCCGCCCUGCGGAGCCUGGUGCUGCACUACAACAUCGGCUACCGGCGUCUACGGAUCGUCUCCAAGACGCUCCAGAGCCUUAGCAUCACCGACGGCCACAGAGACCGGGAGGGGCGGUUCGAAGAGGUCAUCGUUGAGGACGCCCCGCUGCUGGAAAGGCUCAUCCCUGACGGCCUGAUGCACGACCUGCAGAUCCGGGUGAUCCAGGCCCCCAAGCUGAAGGUGCUGGGGCAUCUGUAUUCUCGUGACGGCAUCUCCACCAGGGUUUUCAAGGGAAUCGAGCUCGUCAGUCUGUCGAACGCGCUGCGUACCGUGAAGAUCCUGGCCCUCAUCACGGGCUCUGAUCUGGAUGUUGUUGUCGACUUGUUGCAGUGCUUCCCGUGCGUGGAGAAGCUGUACAUCGUGGCAUUCAGUGGGCGAUGGCCGAGCUUCAACACUGCGCAGCACAGCAAUGUUCCACUGGAAUGCCUUGAUGCGCAUCUCAAGACGCUGCAGGUGACGCAUUACAAGGGCAAGCCGUCAGAAGUGGACCUCGUCAGAUUCUUCCUCUCGAACGCCCGGGUGCUGGAAUCCAUCAGGCUUGCAGUCGGUGUUGUCAACUGCUACCACAAAUGGGUUGCGACUCAGCUUAAGAAGCUACGGCCGGGCACCGGAUCAGCUUCUUCUCAAGGUGCUAAAAUCGCCUUUGAAAACGAUCGCCGGGGGUCUGACCGCGUGCCCGUGGAGCACAUCCAUGAUUUAUCGCUGGGUGAUCUCUUUGACAGAUCAGUAAGAGAGUAGCUAGCCACAUGAUUGUUCAUUACUGAAUUAUUAUCUGUCAUCGUUGCAAUGUUUUUGGGCUUAGCUUUCCUGUGAACCUUGUUAUUUUGCUUGCAAAACGUACAAGAAGACUUCUUGUUCUUUUCUGUACACGUGCUGAGUUAUAAGCUUGAUUUUCUGUA